AGAUGAUGACCCAUGUGCCCCAGUUGUAGCAACACUUCAUCCUAAAUACACUGAUGUGAGAAAUUGUCUGACUAGUUUUCCAUAUAACGCAUUCGUGGCAAAUGAGACUGUCGAUUUGUUAAAAAAGUACACUUCUGAGUUCUACGUGUUAUUUAAUCAAGCCAGAGAGCAAGAAAAACCUGGAUUUACAUUUGAAUCAGUAGAUCUAAUCGAAGAAUUGGAUAAAAUUAUCAAGAGCAAUCCUAAAUCGGAAUUUGAAUUCAUGGUCAUAAAGGUUUUUGAUGAUUUAGUUGAUCCUACGAAUAUUGAUUGCGAAGUGUCUUUUAUUGACUCUAUACCUGCUUUUGAUGCAAUCAAAAACUUUGCCAAUAAUCAGAGUUUUAUCUCACGUGAUCUCGGCGUUCGUUUAAAUAAUGCAUUAACUUCUAUAUCUCUAGUAGAUGGUAAACCAUGGGUAUUAGGAAGUGAAUUCACUGUUCGAGUAGAUUUGCCUGAAACGGAUAGUAUCGAAUACGCCUUAAUUUGCCCAAAUACGGUAACUAAAAAUGUUACGAGGGAAUGGUUCGUUACAUUUUUAGAAUUUAAAGGGCAAAAUGAAUCUUUCUAUAAAGAUUUUUGUUUAGUUAAUACCGGUGGGCCUAAAACACUCGAAGAUCUCAAAGUAACAAAAGAACUUAACAUUGUUCCAUACACUUUUCAUCCCAAAGUAAAAGAAAUAUUAACUAAAAAUCCCCAACCUUCUAACUCUGUUAAAUUAAGUAAAGCUACCCUAGUGUUUGAUGCUGGUAAUGCACAAUUUUAUAAAUCUAUCAAUUCUGAUUUUGGUAUUAUAGUUCUAAUUAGUGAGGUUGGGGAUACUGAGUCAACAUUAAAGGGAUUUAAAACAUUGGCUAAUGAUUCCUCAAUAAAAAAGCUUGUUAUUGAUAUAUCAAAUAAUCCUGGUGGAGGGAUUCAAUAUGCUCAAUUUAUCGAUGCACUCUUAGUACCUUCUAAUUUUACACCUUUUCCUGAUGAUAUGAACGUUCAAUCUGAUUUAGUGCAAAAAGCAAUUACUCAAGCUUUCAAUAAGGCUGAUCCAGAUCCUUUAGAUCCUAUUAGGCUUAUUAACUUUAUAACUGGCAAAACUUAUGAUUCUCCCGAAGAGUUCAUAGGAUCCAACGAAUUUAGAAGAGGUGGUAGUCUUUCUAAAUAUUCUACAAAACAUUUUAUUGAUACCGAUUUAUCUGGCCUAAUUAAAUUGCCUUGGGAUGCUGAAAAUAUAAUUAUUCUUUCAAAUGGAGCUUCUGGUUCCGCUGCUUCUCUUAUUUCUCAAUAUCUUUCAGAAGUUGGCCAAAUACGCACAGUUUCUGUUGGAGGAUUUGCAAAUCAAGAUUUAUCUUUCGCUUCAUUCACUGGGGGACAGGUUUUUGACAGUUUUACCAUGUUUCAAGUCUUAACAAACCUUGAUAUAACCGAUUUACCUCCUUUAAAUAGUCGAUAUAAUAAUCUUGGAUUGACCUUUACUUUAAAAGAAGCGUAUAGUUUAAAAAAUCCUGACACAGUGCUAGAUUUUGAUUUUAGACCUGCAGAUCACAGAUUAUAUUAUGAUGCACAAAAUAUUAGAGAUCCAAGUUUAUUGUGGGUUGAAGCUGCUAAUUUUAUUAAUUCAACUUCAGCUUAA